AAAAUUCAUUUUGAGGUAAAAAAAGUAGUUUUUUUUCCUAUAAAAAAGUACUCUUUUUCUAUGUACUCUACCACACUCUUUUCUGAAUUAUCUUAGCUUCUUCUCCGUAACUUUUCACUUCAUUGCUGUUUGGCUUCUUCCUCCUGUUCAUUCUGAUUUUACAGAAACAAUGUCGGAGAAUUUUACCGCUGAAAAGCUUCUGAACACCCUCGUGGAAACACUUGAGAAGCAAAAAUCUGGUUCAUUCCAUGUAGAAGUGAAGGCAAACUCAAUGACCUCCCAGUUCAAUAAACUGUUUGGACGCGAGAAACCUGUGCACCAUAUUUUAGGUGGUGGAAAAUCUGCUGAUGUCUUGUUAUGGAGGGACAAGAAGAUCUCUGCUGCUGUUUUAACCGCUGCAACAACUAUAUGGCUGCUUUUUGAAUGGCUUAAUUAUAAUUUCCUAUCUCUUCUAUGCCUUGCUCUUGUUCUUGUCAUGUCUGUACAGUUUCUUUGGACAAAUGCUUCUGGCGUGUUUAGCAGUGACAGGAAGCCAUCGAAAGCUCCUCGUUUGGUUCUCCCAAAAGAUUUCUUUGUUAACAUUGCAACUGCGGUUGGUGCUGAGGUUAACCGUGGUUUAAGGUUUCUUCAAAAUGUUUCAUGCGGAGGAAACUUGAAGCAAUUUGUUAUUGUUGUAGUAUGCUUAUGGGCUGGUGCUGUGAUUGGGAACUGGUUCAAUUUUUUUACUGUCGUGUAUAUCGGUUUUGUUGCUGCACAUACACUCCCAGUUCUCUACGAAAAGUAUGACGAUCAGAUUGAUAACUUCGUGUACAAGGUACUUGAUCAGAUGCAAAACCAGUAUAGGAAGGUGGAUUCUGGUUUGCUUAGCAAAAUCCCCAAAGGAAAGAAGCUCGAAUAGAUUCAUGUUUAUGUAAAUGGUUUGAUUUUUAGUAUCUCUUUCUCACUUGUGAUGAAAUUGGGACACAGCUGUGUUUGUUGCUUUUAUUUGGUGAUAAUAAUAAUUUCUUUUUCUAUGUUGGAGUCUUCAAAAUUUAUGUUAUGUCCUUAUUUGAGUUA